AUGGCUGCAGUGCUGCGCAGCCUGGCCCUGCUCCUGCUCUGCCUGCUGCAGGCAGCUGCUGAGGUCCCUGUGCAGCCAGACUUCAGCACCGAGAAGUUUGCAGGGACAUGGUAUGUCGUAGCUGCUGUUUCCAACUGCCCUGUGUUCCUGAAGAUGAGGGAUGGGAUGAAGUCAUCCAUCACCACAAUCAGCUUCACUCCAGAGGGAAAUCUGGCCAUGAGGCUUGUCUUGCCGAUGCUGGACACAUGCCAAAGGAUUGAGCUGCUCUACCAGCAAAGCGGGCAGGCAGGGCACUAUGUGGCAGCACAGGAGAAGAGGGACCUGCGAGUGAUGGAGACAGACUACAGCCACUAUGCCAUCGUGUACCAGGUGCACCAGAACGACCAGGAGGCCAGCACAGCACUGCAGCUCCUCACAAGGAAGCAGGACCUGAGCCCCCAACUCCUGCAGAAGUUCAGAGUGUUCAUACCAAGUGUGGGCCUGACCGAGGACGUGCUGACCAUCCUGCCUAAGUCGGAUGAGUGCACCAAGGACUUCAGGUGA